AACACUAUUAAAUUUUCCGCCAUUUUGAUUUGGGUUGUAGUUUGCUUGGUCGUAAUUUGCAUUAUUUCUGAAUAAAAUAAAUGUAAUCUAAAUAGAAUCUGUGAUAUUAUUGUAAUUAAACGUUACCGUAUUUGUAUUUUUUAUUAUAUACUAUUUUUUGUGUGUUAGUAAAUUAAGAUGGGUAGAAAGAAGAAGAAGGCAUCGAAGCCCUGGUGCUGGUAUUGUAAUAGGGAAUUUGACGACGAGAAGAUUCUAAUUCAGCAUCAAAAAGCGAAGCAUUUCAAAUGUCACAUAUGUCACAAAAAGCUGUACACUGGACCCGGAUUGUCAAUACACUGCAUGCAGGUUCACAAGGAAGCCAUAGACAAAGUACCAAAUUCAUUACCAAAUAGGUCAAAUAUAGAAAUAGAAAUCUAUGGUAUGGAAGGUAUUCCGCCCGAAGAUGUUAAGGAGCAUGAAAAACAAAAAUCAGGCGGAGGCAAAGGUUCUGACAGUGAAGAUGAUGAACCUGCUGCAAAAAAGAAAGCCACACCAGCAUUGUUGGGCGCUGGGCCAUCUUCGGUGACCCCAGGCAUACUGCCCACACCCAUGGGACCAGUGCCCCCUGGGAUGUACCCUGGACAUAUGUCUAUGAAUCACAUGAUGCCACCAUUCGUACCAGCACCUAGGAUGAUGAUGCCUGGUAUGAGGCCACUGUUUCCUGCGUCCAGUAUAUCUGUCUCUACGCCUAGCAAACCUACUUUCCCUGCGUAUAGCAACGCGACGAUAAGCGCGCCGCCGACGACGUCGACGGCGGGCGGCGCGGAGCCGAAGGAGAACGGCGACGUGAAGCCGCCGGCGGCCAACGCGUGCCCGCUGGUGACGGCGACGGGCGCGGGCGCGCGCAUCGUGCACCCGCCCGAGGACGUGUCGCUGGAGGAGAUCCGCGCGCGCCUGCCGCGCUACCGCCCGCGCCCGCCCUCCGCGCCCGCCGCCCACGCGCACCACGCGCACCACGCCGCCCACGCCGCCCACGCGCAGCACGCGCCCGCCACCAGCCACGCUGAGACGUGGUGGCAGGUGGCGGCACACAUGUCAGCGGCGGUGGCGGCGGCGGCGCGGCAGCAGGCAGCGGCGGCGGCGCUACGCCGGCCGCUGGUGCAGCCGAUGGUCGGCGUGCUGCCGCCGCUGCCACCGCUCGCGCCGCCAGUUCGCGUCGGCGUCGGCGUGCCCGUGUCCAUGCCCCCCGUGAUGGGCAUGCUGCCCGUCAUGCCGCAGUUCAACCUCAUGCGCCCGCUGCAGCCCGGGAUGCUGCUGCCGGGCGGCAUGAUGCCGAUGGGCGCCAUGUUCCCGGGCGGCGUGCCCGGCCUGCCCAUGAUGCAGCCGCGCUUCCGGUAGCCGGGGUCGACGACCAGCGCCGCCAGCCGCCGGCCGCCCGCCCCCGCCACCCCCGCCACCCCCGCCAGCCCAGCCAGCCCAGCCAGCCCGGCCAGCCGCCAGCCCGCGCCCGAGCGAAGGUAGGCGCUCGCUGCCCGUACCAUGUACGUCGUCCGCUUGGCCGGUUGUGUGUCCGACGCUGUAUGCUAAACUGUGCGGUGACGGGAUACUAACGCGACAAGGUAAGGCCCGGGCCGGCGCAGCAGCGGGCGCAGCUAAGUGGCGGGACAGGUGACCGCGGUCGCCCGGCCGCGCCGAGGUUGGGCCGGCAGUUCCCUGCGGCGCGCCCGCCUGCAGGCGACUAGCACCUGUCACAACUUGCGUUGUUGGAUUGGCGGCCCCCUGUCCCCUUGACGUUAAUCAUUAAUUACUACCUAUUGAGUAUCGAGCUCUCACGUAGACUGUCGACACGGCAGAUUUCAGUAGUGAUUCCGUUCUUGAAUUUCUGGUGUUAAGAGAUGCGUGUAAAGAAUAAGAAAUGUUAAUGUUAUCUGCCUUGAAUUUUUUCUUAAGCAUUUCCACAAAGUUGUGACGUUUGCCUACUCUUGUAGUAUUUUGACUAUUUUACUCAAUAAAUGCUCUGGACUUUAA